AGUACAACACACUACUUUGUAAUGAAAUUAUAAUUAAAUUAAAUAUUAAUGCUAAGCUACUGUGUCAAAUUAUUAACAUUUUAUAUUUUAUUUUGACUGAAAUCCAAUACACUAAAUUUAUUUAACAAAUAAACAAAUGUAGUUUUUAAAUUAUUUGUAAUUUGUUGCUGUAACGUAAGAAAACAAAUACUUUCGAUUUGACAGUUUUUGACCGGACAGCAAGCCGGGCCGGGUCCUUUUCGGUCACUUAGACUUGGGGAAAGCAUCUUUUUUGCUUUAAUAAAUUUACAUUAAUUAUUUUAAAUUUAUCGAAAAUAGGCACAUCUCUAUAUUGUUAUUAUUUGCUUAUCAGCAAACAGCUGAUUGGGUGUUUUUAGUUCUUCAGUUGUAUGAAAAAAGUGGUUGGAGAAUUUAAAUUAUUAAACAUUAGCAAUUUUGCAAAAAGUGACGAAGAAGAAGUUUAAUAAACUUUAAUAAAAAUAAGUGCAAAUUGUUAAAAAUGCAGUGUCGCGUUUGCAUGAAGACAAAAUGUAACAUCCUAUUUAAUAUGAGCAUUGCGGAUACAGUUGAAGGACAGACGCUGUUCGACUGCUUCAAUUAUUGUACACAGUUACAUGCAACGGCCAGUGAUAAUUUUCCACAAACACUGUGCCAAACUUGCACUCGAAAACUACGCAUAGCAUAUAGUUUUCGAAAAUGUGCGCUGCAGUCCCAUGUUAUGUUUGAAAAGCUUCUUAUAGUACAAAAAAGUAAAAAACAAACAACUGUUAAUUCUAUAAUGGAUAGCGCAGUUUAUGCAGAUGAUCCUUUGAGUAUAGAAUUCAAUGAAGCGCUGAAGUUUGUAAAAGAAAGUGAUAGAGAACAACUUCAACUUGUGGAGAACGGUGGGAACGAACUUUCCAACUUGGAAAUUGAAUACGUCUAUGAUUCUCCACUAAUAAGCGAACCACUAGAGGUCGAGGUCGAACAGCCCCAAACGAGCUGCUACAACGACAAUAUACAGUCACAAGCGCAUAUCAUAGAAGAGGCUUAUGAAGAAAGUGCAUUAGCCGGUGUUGAGGAAUGUGAGACUGAUACAGUUGAAUAUAUUGUAGAGAAUUUGGAGAAACAUAAAAAAUUAAGAGAUUACAAGUUUAAUUUGUUAAACAAACACGAUAAGCAUUCGAAUACUAGUUUGAGCCCAUAUAAAAAGUGUGUAAAACAAAAACCUGAAAAUGAAAAUGAGAAGAAUACUUCCACAUCAGAUUGUGAUAUGCCACAUGAUGAUCAAGAAGUCCAUGGAACUAUUUCUUACAUGGAGGAACCCAACCAUUAUAAAAUUUCUGAAAAUGCAUCUGAUGAAACAAGUGUAUCAAUAAAUAUGUAUACACAAUGUGAUCGUUAUACAGCGUUGUCCACUGAGGAGAAUCCACAAGAAAAACUAGAUAACCAUAAACUGGAAGAAAAGGGAAAGUACCUUUGCUCAUUUUGUCCUCGAGUGUUGUCAUCUAAACGUGCUGUUGAAAUACAUGAAGGAAAGCAGCAUUUAAAUAUUGAACCUGAUCUUAAAGAAUGUACAUUUUGUCAAAAGAAAUUUAAUAAGGUAUAUUUAAGAAAACAUAUCGAAAAUGUGCAUAUUGGAGAGCGCAAAUAUAAAUGCGAUAUUUGUGGUAACAUGUAUAAAACCAAUGAUAACGUUAUGCGACACAGACAACUACACACCAAAGAUCGAAAUUAUCCAUGUGCAGUAUGUGAUAAGAGGUUUACUGAAAAAUCGGAACUUAAAGUGCAUAUGCGGCUUCACACAGGCGAAAAGCCAUUUGCCUGUCAUUUGUGUGAACGUCGAUUUCGUAUAAGAGUUCAUCUCACAUAUCACUUGCAACAACAUGCGCGCAUUAAACACAAAUGCGACGUUUGUGGAAAAGAGUUCAAACAUGUCAAAUCUCUAAGGAAUCAUUUGUAUUUGCAUACCGACGUUAUGCCAUAUAGGUGUGCCGUUUGCGGUUAUGGCUCUGUAAAACGUGAUUAUUUCGUCAAGCAUAUGCUGCAUAAGCACGACAAGACUAUGAGCGUUGAUGAAUUAUUUGUCAUAUUCCAAGCGAACACUGGUAGAUCUCCGUAUGUAAAGGUAGUUGACAACAUUGACAUGAACGAUGAGCACACACAAGACAUGGCAACUAAAAUGCAAUGUCGUGUGUGUAUGCAAAGUAAAUGUCAUAUCUUGUUCGAGAUGAAUAUUUUGGGCACAGAGGAUGGCAAAAAUCUUUACGAGUGCUUCAAUGAAUGUACCCAACUAGAAGCAUCAGCAGAUGAUGGACUUCCCAAAACACUUUGUAAAAUAUGUGCGCAGAAACUACAAGUAGCAUAUAAUUUUAGAAGAACAGCAAAACAAUCGAAUGAAGAGUUAAAGAAACUUCUAAUUUCUGUGAAUAAGAAAACUGAUUCGGUUGAUAGUACACCAGAGGAAUUUUGUGCUAUUGAGGAUAUGGGGGACAGCACGGAUCCUUUAAAUAUGAGUUUCCACGAAGCAGUAAGGGCUCUUCAGGAAUCUUUGGUAAAGUCUCCCAAAUCUUCAAAUCGAUCACUUGAGGAAGUGCUUGUAGAAACUUUGGUUGAAUUUCCAAAGGAAACAAAUUGCUUGGAAAAAUCAUCAGAAUCUCCAAAUCGAUCACUUAAGGAAGGGCUUGUAGAACCUUUGGUUGAAUUUCCAAAGGAAACUAAUUGCUUGGAAAAAUCAUCAGAAUCUCCAAAUCGAUCACUUGAGGAAGCACUUCAGGAACCUUUGCUGGAAUUACAAAAGGAAACUAUUUAUCUAGAGAAAUCAUCAAAAUCUCCAAGUCAAUUUUUUGAGGAAACGCUUCAGGAAUCUUUGCAGAAACUACCUAAGGGAACAAUUUGUCUAGAGAAAUCAUUUGAAUCUCCAAGUCGAUCUUUUGAGGAAGCGCUUCAGGAACCUUUGCUGGAAUUAUCAACGGAAACUGUUUGUCUAGAGAAAUCAUAUAAAUCUCCAAAUCGAUCCUUUGAGGAAACGCUUCAGGAAUAUUUACAAAAACUUCCAAGGGGAACGAUUUGCCUAGAGAAAUCAUCUAAAUCUCAAAGUCGAUUAAUGGAGGAAACGCUAAUAGAAAUUGUAAGGGAAGUCGCACCAGUGACCAUCACAGAACCACAAAAUACCUCAUUGCAGAACAAUGAAAGACAGGCAAAUGUAAUCACGACAAAUAACUCUAAAAUGUAUGAUUCAUUUUGUCAAGACGAAUCUGAAAGUGAAACUGAGCCCAUAGAAAAAGUGGGUUAUACUUGUGAGAUAUGUAAAAGUACAUAUACAAUCAAAAGUGAUCUUAAAAAACAUAUAGCAGAACAACAUAAAUCUGAAGUAAUUUGCAUAAGUUGUUCCAAAGUAUAUGUAAUGCCUAAUGAGUUGCGGAUUCAUAAAAAACUUGUACACGAUACUGAUUCACCAGUACAAUGUGAUUACUGCAGUGACAAACCUAAAAUGCCUCGCACUGAGCUUCUCAAGCACUUUCAAACAGUCCAUAGUUCACGUCAUUUUAGAUUUUUUCCACGUUUACGUAAACGACGUGCCAUAGAUUCGAAUGAUCCCACUGCCUACCAGUGUAAAUUUUGCCAAAGUACUUUCCCAACCGGUUUUGAAUUGGAAGAACAUAUUCGAUCACACGUAUUUAGAUGUCAAAUCUGUUUGAAAAAUUUCAAUAGAUAUUGCACUUAUUACGCACAUAUUAAACGCUUACAUACUUGUACAGGAAACUUAUUUAGAUCGUUAGUUGUCGAUGAAGGUGAAGAUAAAGCAAUUGAAUGUAAACCUUGCCAAAAAAGCAAUACAAGAUUAGGCUCAUACAAUAAUCACAAAAUAACUGAAACAACUGAUAUAAAUGAAACUAUGGAGAAUGAAAUUGUGGAUAUUCUGGAUAUUGAAGCAUCCCUAGCUAAAACAGAAUCGGAACAGAGCCCCUUACUUGCAAAUGUAACGUGGGAAGCUGAAUCCAAUAUUGUUCAAUCCCAAGAAAAUAAUUUAGAAAUUGGACAAAAUAAUGUUGUUGAUCAAGUGCCAAAGGAAUCGGUUAAAAAACAACCAAAAAAAAAGAAAAACAUUUCACAAUUAAAGGAAAAAAGGAGGUAUCUCUGUUCAUUUUGCCCACGUGUGUUAUGUUCAAAUGUGUCAUUGCGAACACACGAAAAAACUCAGCAUCUCGGUGGAAAAAAAGAUAUUAUGAAGGAGUGUCCCAUCUGUCAGAAAAAAGUGUAUAUGGACUACAUUAAAAAACAUAUUAGAAUGGUGCACAUAGGGGAACGUAAUAACGUUUGCGAUAUUUGUGGCGGCAGAUACAAGACAUUUAAUACACUCCAACGGCACAAACUGUUGCAUAUGGCAGAUCGCCAAUGGCAAUGCAGUGCAUGUGAUAUGAAAUUCGUGGACAAAUAUGCACUCAAUAUACAUAUGCGCCUUCACACAGGCGAAAUGCCAUUUGCUUGUCAUCUAUGUGACCGACGAUUUCGCAUAGGGAGUCAUCUCACCUAUCAUUUAGAGAGACAUGCUAAUAUAAAGAAAAAGUGCAACGUUUGUGGCAAAGAAUUCACAAGCGGAACAACAUUGCGAAAACACUCGUUCCUGCAUACUGGAGAUAUGCCGUAUAAAUGCACUGAUUGCGACUAUGAAACGGCUAAACGUGAAUAUUUCAUAAGCCAUACGCUUCGAAAACAUGACCGAAAAAUGACUGAAGAUGAAUUAUUUUUAAUGUUCAAAAGGAAUACUGGUAAAACGCCUCGCGUAAAAAAUUUUGAAUCUCUAAACAAAUUAUUUGAAAAUUCGGAAAAGACAGAUCAUUCAAAUUAAUGUUUAAUUUAGAUUUAAUUCUAAAUUAAAAUUAAAAUUUUUGUAGAAAAAAAGUGAAGAAAUAAAUUGUCUAACUUAUUAAUAACAUCUUGGCUUUCGAU